GCCCAACUAGUACUAGACAUAAUAAAUGGAGUCCAUAACCAGCAUCGACGCUGUAAAGGGAAUGCUUCUUGAAAGUUUUACAUACAAAGAAAUCUCACAAGAAUUGAAGUGCCAAUACCCUCUUCGUGGUGGUCUCUCUGAGAGAAGUGUCAGGAGAUUUGUUAAAAAUAACGGUAUUAAAGAGGAAGCUAAAACUGAACAACGAAAUGUUGUUCGAGAGUCAAUUAGAGAGGUCGGAGACAGUUACGGAAGGAAGAUGUUGAAAGUCCUAAGUAAUGGGUUUUGGGACCAAGUUCGUGUAGACCAUGGCCGAGAAUUCUAUUUGGUACUUUUCGUACAGGAUAAGCUAAGGCAAACUCGAGGUUGCUCUGAGGUCCUCCCAACUUUUCAAACAACUUCAACAAACAAUCAUGUAAUCGAACGUAUGUCGGUUGAAUUAAAUCGAAGAGUAAUAUAUCCCAUCAAGCAUGCCAUUGUGGAGAUGCAAGAAACAGCAGCAAUAAACAUGGAUUGCCCUGUGACAGUUUUUGCGGUUUCUAAUGUGCUCAUGCGUGUUACAGAGGUAGGUAUGAAUCGCAUGAUCAUCAGUUGGAACAAUCAUUUCAUUCCAAGACGGGGUGUUCCUAACGUUUUGAGAGAUACACGAUUCGGAACUACCAGGAUUGACACACAAGAUCUACCGAGUGCUCCUUCUGCUAUUUCUCUGUAUACAGACCAAGGUGGUAUUUUGUCUAACCCGUCCUGUGUUGGCAAUGAUCCACUUCAAGGGAAUAUGGCUCUUAUGCAGCAACGAGAGAGCGAAUGGAUUUCUUCCUUUAGUACCUCUGAUUUGUUUGGCGAUAUACUUCAUGGCAACGUCUCUUCAUUGAAUAACGCUAUCCAAUUUUAUGUGACUCUAUCACUGACACUAUCUUAGAAGUAGUUUACGGAGAUAAUUAUUUUGGGAGGUAUAGAGUAGUGAUAUGAAAAAACACUUCUUAUAUAUAUACCUAAUCAUUACUGAUGGUCAAAAUGUUUUCAAGACUCACUUUAGAACGCUAUUUUACUAUUUCAAAAUUAUAAAGGCCUGAACAUUAAUGUUGUAUAUAUAUAGUCAACACAUACAGUACACUCUCCGCUAAUCUGGUGUCAUAACAUUUUAGGUGGCAUGGACCCCUCUGUAGUUAACUCAUUUCCUGUGGUUAACUUUACUUCCUGUACUUUUCUGUUAUAUAUGGUUUCUGUUCGUUAGUUUCUUUCUGUUCCUUUUGUGCCUAGCUAUAGGGGCCUGCUCCAGGCGACUCUUUGUGUAUGGGAGCCUCUGCUCCACUGCCUUUUGUCUUGUACAUACUUAUACCUUUGUUCCUAUCAUAUCAGUUGUUGAGUACGACAUAACAGCCCCCCCCCCCCCCUCGGCCAAUUUAGGCCCCCCCAUUAAUUCUAAAGUAUCUCAGCGCGACAGCGGUAACAUUUAUGUAGACAUAGAUACAUGUACAUGAAUGUGAAUAGCCUCGAGCUCUCGAUCUCCCACACAGGUUUGGGAGACAAGGAGACAUUUUUGGUGCAGCCGGACCGAUCAAACAUUGUCAAGUAUAGUGCAAUGGCUGACAGGGUAGCCUAGAUUCCACGCCUAUUAAAAUAUGGCCUAGCACCUAUUGCAUGCAUGGUGCAGUGAUAGUGUGCAUGCGUUAGUUUAUUCUGGGGAAUCCCCUUUUUUCUAUCUUUGUACUUGGGUUAGCUCGGCCUUGAAUCGAGGCUACCGACAGGGUCACCUGCCACUGCCACACCCAUAAUUUAUUAUAGUUCCCAUGCAUGCAAUGGUACUAGCCUCGAGAACAGGCCGAUUAAAAUAUGUACCGUAUAGCGGGUAAUUUUCGGGGGACAAAAUAUUCGUGGUUGAGACAUUUUGUGGAUAAUAUUUUCGUGGUUGGAGCUUGGAUUGUAGGUAAAGGUAGGCAAGGUCGCUUCAUUCGUGGGUAAAAUAUUCGUGGUCAGACCUCCAACCACGAAAACCACGAUUAUUUUGCCCCACGAAAAUUACCAGCUAUACGGUAUUUUAAUCGGCCUGGAUUCGAGGCUAUCAUGGUAGAGUGUCAGUUGGCCACUUUGAUCCCACUAUUAAAUUGUCUGUGGCUGUUAUGUUAAUACUUUGCCCUAAAAACCCAUUGGCCACUUUGAGCCACUGAUCUAGGUAGCUCCAUCUACAAAUUUAUAGCACUACAAUAUCAGAUUUCUUAGUGUGUAGUGGUGUUGUCCCUUAGCUAUAACAGCGAAAUGUAGAUGUGAUGAUCCAACUAGCCUUUUUCUUUGCAUCAUCCUUGACAGGGAUGUCCGAACUAACUGGUCUCCAUCAAGUAGAUUCUUUAGGCAGGGAACAGCUAUAAACUUUUUAUACACAUCUUCAUAUUUUUUUGCAUAUGAUGGUGUUCUUUCACCUCUCUGUCUGCCUCCUUUUUGUUUGCCUUCAUAUUCAUCAAGGAAUUUAGCUAUAUCAUCAUUGCCACUUAAUUGGAUGCUUGCAAUUGGUGGAGGCAUCUUAUACCGUCAAUAAGACAAUGGCACCUAGACCAUAAGUUGGAAUGAGGUCAUCAUUUGUUUCAUUAGCAAAUCACUUAGAUGACGUAACUAUCUCAACUUCAAUUUCUUCAACCUUCCUAUACUUGUAUCUGCUUUCACUUUUCACUUCAU